AUGACGAAUAACAGACGACGCUCAUCAUCACCGGCGAAUCAAGAAAGAACUCCGUUCACUCAAGAAAUGAUCACAGGCGUAUUCUUACAACUUCCCGUCAAAUCCCUCAAAAGAUUUAAAUCACUUUCGAAAUCUUGCUACUCGAUUAUCAAUUCUCAAGAUUUCAUCAACGCCCAUCUCAAGAAUUCGGCUAAUCAACUGUUGGUUCGCCGGUUUCACUAUCCAACUGGUUCUUAUUUUUCUCUGAGUUUGAUGGAUUAUUCCGAUACUGAACCGGCAAUCUUUCGUGAAAUCCCAAUCCCGUUUCUGCAUUCUUUGGAACGGUAUCCAAGAAUUGUGGGUUCGGUUAAUGGUCUUCUCUGUCUUGACAUUUCGCCGAUUCAUGGCUCCGAAUUCAUUUUAUGGAAUAUUUCAACUGAGCAAUAUGUGAUUCUUCCGCGACCUGAAUUUAAAAUCGACGAUUUCAAGAAUCCCAUUUGGAUGGCGGCUACUGGGUUUGGUUACAAUCAAGAAUCUGAUGAUUAUAAACUUGUAAGGAUUGUGUUAUUUGAUUGUGAUCAUAAGCCAAUUAGGGCUGAGGUGUACUCAUGGAGAACCAAUUCUUGGAGAAUUCUUGAUUUCGAUGAGAAAAUUGUGGAUUUCUCCAUUUCUGAAGGGGAAACUGCGGUUCAUUUAAACGAUGGGUGUUUGUAUUGGUUAGCUAAUGGAAUUGGGGAUUCUGUGGAUCGAAAAUACAUAAUUUCUUUUGAUUUGGGCAGUGAAACUUUCAAUAGAAUCAAUAUACCUGAAAACAGUGGUGCAUUUUGUGCUAAAGUUCUUGAAUUUAGAAACUCACUUGCUCUGGUUUUUUAUCCUGCUGCUUAUGUUCAUCCGGGUUACGGAAGCUCGGCGAAUGAAAUCGAGUUAUGGGUUGACUCAGAUUAUGGUGAUGCUGAUGAUACUAACCGCUAUAAGCAAUGGGUUCGAGUUUUUCGUGUCACUAUGGAUUUGAGUUCUGCUGAAAUGGGCUGUCCAAUUUGUGUUCAUAAUGAUGAUGAGGAAGUUGUUGUGUUCCACCGUGUUUCUGCAGAUUCUGUCAAUUUAGCGUUCUUGAACCCUGAUAAAGAGACCAUCAAGACUGUACCGAUCUGCCAUUCCGAUUAUACUUGCCAUUUUUAUAGUUACGUCGCUAGUUUGGUUCCGGUCGCGGUUUACGGGGUUCAAGCAGAGGCUGAUCAUGAACAGUGA